UCUCAUUAUAUAUAAAUCAUUUCUUCUUCAAAACUAAUCAAGUAACCUUGUUUGGAGGAUUUUCUAAGCCAUCUCCCACAAGCAAAAAUAAAGAAAGAAAGAAGAAGAUGGCAAAGUUUUCUUCUCUAGCUGUUGUCCUUCUCAUUGGUGCUCUCUGCUUCUUAUCAGUCGCACACUGCGAUGACUUUCACGUCGAGGGAAAGAUUUACUGUGACACAUGCCGUUGUGGGUUUGAGACCAGAGUUAGUGAACCUAUCAAAGGUGCCAAAGUGGGACUAGAAUGCAAAAACAGAGAAGGUGGGCACGUUACUUUCACCGGAGAGGGUGAGACUGAUGCGAGCGGUACCUACUCAAUCGCAGUGAAUGGAGAUCACGAAGAAGAUGUAUGUGAGGUGAUCACGAAAGAGAGCCCUGUCGAGGAUUGUAACGUACCUGUUCAAGGACGAAGCCGUGGCCGUGUUGCUAUCACUGCCAACAACGGUAUUCCUUCUCCAGUUAGAUAUGUGAACUCAUUGGGGUUCCUCAGGAAAGAACCACUUUCUGAAUGCCCUAAAGUCAUUGCUGAAUUGGGUCUUACCCCUGAGGAUAUCAAGAUAGAGUAUAUGUAAUGAAAUUAUAAGUGGUUAUUUUUAUUUUUAUGUAUAAUAAUAAGGGUUUCUUUCUUUGAUUAAUGAAUUAAUCAAGCUUCCUUGAGUUAAUCCAACAACGAUAGAUUAUAUGGCGAUUUCUUAACAAAUGUACGAAGAUUAAGUCAAUGCCAUUAUGUUUUCUUCUGCUACUA